AUGAUGAACGGACAUACCAGUCUUAAUUCGGAUACAUCAGUAUCUCACACAUUAAAUCAAGUAAAUGGACAAUUAGAAAAUUUAUAUCAAGCUCAAACAGCCAAUGCAUCAACAAGUGUUUCAUUAAAUGCCUCAUCAAAUCAACAAUCAGCAGUCACAAAAAAACGAAUGUUUCAAGUACGUCGUACAUUUUUACUAAUCGUCACAUUCGAUGUUAUAUUUAUGGUACUUCUAUGGAUUAUCUAUAAUCAAAUUAAAAAUAUAACGAUUGAUCAAGCUUUUAUUAAUGACGUUAUUAAAUAUUCUAUUAAAACAUCUUUAUUUGACGUUGUUGGUUUAUCAGCUUUUCGUUUUAUUUUAUUAAUGAUAUCAUACGCAAUACUAAAAUGGUCACACUGGAUUUUCGUAGCUUUCACAACACUUGGUUCAACUGGUUUUAUCAUUGCUAAAACAUGUGUAUUUACCAUUUCCAAAACAGAUAAAGGUUUUACUGAUUAUGGAAUUUUGAUUGUAUCAUUUAUUUUGGCAUGGGUAGAAAUCUGGUUUUUUGAUUAUCGUGUUAUUCCUCACGAACGUCGUUUACGAGAAGCAUGUAGUGAUACAGAAGAAACAAAUACCGGUGCCCUACGCAAUUUUCGUUCGGAUUCUAAUGUAUCACAAUCAUUAUUAUGUACACCAGUGUCGGUUAUUGAAGAUUAUGAUAAUGAUGAAGAUUAUGAAAAACAAGCAGAUGAAGUUGUUGACAAAGUCUGGCGUAUAUUUAAAGAUAAUGAUUCUUGGUUACAAGAAUCUAUAAGUAGCAAUGGACUUGAUAUUGUUCUUGCUAAAAAUUAUUCAAAAUGGGGCAAAGUUUUUCGAUUAACUUCUAUCAUUCCAGGAUGUCGUGAUGAUGUUGCAGAAUUAUUAUUUGAACAUCAAGAAGAUAUGUCCAAAUGGAGUCCAACUGUCAACGAUUGUAGAAUACUCGAAGUUAUUCAUCAUGAUUUAUAUAUAACGUAUCAACUGACUAAUGAACAAGCACAAGGGAUUAUUGCUAAACGAGAUUUUGUUAAUUUAAAUACACGUCGAUUUAUUGAUGAUGUUGCUAUAUUAGCAGCACAAGCAUGUGUGUAUCCACAAAUGCCUCCUAAAGAAAAUUGCGUUCGAGGUGAAAAUGGACCAACUGCAUAUAUUAUUGAAAAGCAUAAUGAUACAAGUUGUAAAUUUACAUGGAUACUUAAUGUAGAUUUGAAAGGUUGGCUUCCUCAAUAUUUAAUUAAUACUUCUCUUGCUAAUGUUCAACUUACUCUUGUUGAAUCCCUUCGAAAUUAUUUAUCAAGAACGAUUGAAAUAUCAUCAUCUGGUUCAUCGAUAGGUGAUAUAACAACGUAA